CUGAGGUGCGCCAUGAGUAUUGUGAGACAGAUCUUCAUCAACUAUGCGAACAACCAACAGGCCUACUAUCCUGGCCAGACCGUCUCCGGUAACGUAUUUCUUGAAAUCGUUCAACCCUUGGCGCCGAAGCGAGUCAGUGUGGUGCUGCGCGGUCGUGCACACGUAUACUGGACGGAAACCAGCGGCACUGGAGAUGACAGACGAACACACACGUAUUCCGACAAUGAACAGUACUUCGACCAUGCAAUCGUCGUGUGGCCUAGUGCGCUAAGUGCAGACAGCCCUGCCAUACUUCCACCGGGGAUGCACUCGUUUUCGUUUACUUUCAGUCUUCCUCUCGGCAUACCGUCUUCGUUUGAGUUGUCUACCUAUAGCACGGCUUAUAUUAGAUAUUGGAUCGUGGCAAACGUGGAUUUGGGAUCCUCUCAGUUCAAGUGCCAGAGACCUUUCACUGUCAUUGAGUACAUCGAUGUGAAUGAACACCGCCUGCUUGUUCCUAUGCGCAGUGAAAAUGAAAAGAUGAUUUGCUGUUUGUGCUGUGAAUCGGGCCCAUUGAGGUUACAGGCUAGUAUUGACAGAGUCGGCUUUUGUCCCGGCGAAGCGGUCGUUGUAUCUGCUACUGCUGAGAAUAUUACAAACCGAGUAAUGCGUGGCAUUCGGGUUUCAUUGAUUGCCGUAACCAGACGUACUGCUCAUGGGGCAUCGAGUAUGAUAAGCCGAACGGUAUGUGAACUGAUGGGAGAGGUGAUCGCAGUUGGUGCGACCGACAGGUGGGAGAACCGAAGAUUCCCGAUCCCACCGGUGCCACCCUCGAUCAAGACAUGUCGCAUCAUUGAUCAAUCUUACUACAUACAACUAAGUGUUGUUGUGCCAAACGGUUUCAAUCUCAGUAUGCAUUUUCCAAUAGUAAUCGGUACCGUUCCACUACGUCAAGACAUUCCACGACCUCUUCAACAGGUGAUGCAUGUCGAGAGCAGAACAGAGAAUUGGCUUCAGCUUCCGGAAUCAUCAAUCACUUCUCAGGUGUCUUCAACUGUUCCAGUCCACCCACCACCAUAUGCAGAAGCCACCGGGAUCACAGUUGAUAUUAGAGACAAUGAUGAUCGUAACGCUAUGGGUGUUGUUCAGUACACACCUCUGUUACCAUUCGUUUCUUCAGAAAGGCCUACUGCUAAUGACCCAUUCCAUGUUGACGUUUCUUUGCAACCUCACAGCUUUGAGAUGCCGGGUCCAUUGCAAUAUGACCAGACGCUACCUGACUCUGCCCAACAAAAUAUCCCCGUACAUGGUGAGAAGCAGCAUCACUCAGAUCCCUAUGUCACACCCCAGGCAGAGCCGUUUGGCGAUUCACACAUCGUAGGGUCUGAUGCUAUACCUAUGCAACUCAUCGAACCACACUCUGUACAGGACAUGCACGAUAAAGCAUAGAUGGACACGUUUUUGAGUCGUCAGUGUGCUGCACUGCAAAUAGGCGAUUCAGCACUGCACUAUAGUUCACCAAGAGAAUUGUAGAAAUCACUGGGUUUACCACUACUCCCUGCAGAUAGGAGGAUGUAAUAGAUUAUAAAGGAGUCUAGCAACUAUUUGUGUUUGAGUUUCAACUUUGAGUAAUGAAAGAAUUUCAG